GACAGUAAGCCAGUGAACGAUUAUCGCUUGCAAUGAGAACAAAAUAUGUAGGCCAUUCGAGAGAGCGUCGCGUCCAGUGCACGGCGCGUUUCAAAAUCGGAAACUAGAUUAUCGCGAGGACUAAAAACUAUCAACAUGCUGAAGCUGAUUUGGUUAGGCGGUCUAUUUUUUUCUUGCUCAGCAGCUCCAUUCAUCAACUGGAAAAUAGAUGGCGCAAAUAAUAACGGAGGGACAACGAUUUUGAAUAAAUUACAGAACAUUGGUGAGAAGGUGUACGAAAAUAAACGGAACUUUUUGAAUGGCAUCAACGAAAAAGUAUCCAACCUGUUGUGGAUUCCACCACUGUCGAGUACCACUGAGACAAUACCUACGACAACCAUUAAGUUACCGGUGGAAGUGCAUCAGCAAGCUCCACUUCAGGAAGAUGAUCGUCUAAUAUUUUCAAAUGACAACGACAGUGACGAAAAUUACACUCUAAACUUGGCUAUUUACGCUAGAAGUAGUUUCCUAUCACCGGACGAUUUUAAUCCGGAGAAAUCACUUGCCGCAAUUGGGCCGUCCCUAACAAAAACAGUCAACAACAACAUAGGUUUGAUUAGAGAAAACCUGCCAUAAUAAAUUUAUUUCAACAAUAAUACGUGCUCAAA